AUGGACAAACUUAUUGUUGAUGACAGAGGCAAAGCAACUAUCUCUAACGAUGGCGCCACAAUCCUGAAGCUCCUUGAUGUCAUCCACCCUGCUGCUAAGACGUUAGUGGACAUUGCCAAAUCACAGGACGCAGAGGUUGGUGACGGCACCACCUCGGUGACUCUGCUGGCUGCAGAAUUCUUGAAGCAAGUGAAGCCGUACGUGGAGGAGGGCCUGCAUCCUCAGAUCAUCAUCCGGGCCUUCCGCACUGCCACGCAGCUGGCAGUGGACAAGAUCAGAGAGAUUGCUGUUACUGUGAAGAAGGAGGAUAAAGAAGAACAGAGAAGACUUCUGGAGAAAUGUGCAGUCACCGCCCUCAGCUCCAAGUUGAUCUCUCAGCAGAAAGAUUUCUUCUCCAAGAUGGUGGUGGAUGCUGUUAUGUUGCUUGACGAUUUGUUGCAACUCAAAAUGAUUGGGAUAAAGAAGGUGCAGGGUGGGGCCCUGGAAGAGUCCCAGCUGGUGGCUGGAGUUGCCUUUAAGAAGACGUUCUCUUACGCUGGGUUUGAGAUGCAGCCAAAGAAGUAUGAGUUGCCCAAGAUUGCUUUGCUGAACAUAGAACUCGAACUCAAAGCUGAGAAAGACAAUGCCGAAGUCCGAGUCAAUACUGUGGAGGAUUACCAGGCAAUCGUGGACGCCGAGUGGAACAUUUUGUAUGACAAGCUGGACAAAAUCCACAAGUCGGGAGCCAAGGUGGUCCUAUCCAAGCUGCCCAUUGGCGACGUGGCCACGCAGUACUUUGCUGACAGGGACAUGUUUUGUGCUGGCCGAGUCCCGGAGGAAGAUCUCAAAAGGACGAUGAUGGCCUGCGGCGGUUCUAUUCAGACCAGCGUUAAUGCCUUAACAGACGACGUGCUGGGCCAGUGUGAACUCUUUGAGGAGGUUCAGAUCGGAGGGGAGAGGUACAACUGCUUCAGAAGCUGCCCCAAGGCCAAGACAUGCACCAUACUCUUGCGUGGAGGUGCCGAGCAGUUCAUGGAGGAGACGGAGCGGUCCCUGCAUGAUGCCAUCAUGAUUGUCAGGAGGGCCAUCAGGAAUGACUCUGUAGUGGCUGGUGGAGGGGCCAUCGAGAUGGAGCUUUCUAAGUACCUGCGGGACUGCUCCAGAACCAUUCCCGGCAAGCAGCAGCUGCUGAUUGGCACAUAUGCAAAAGCCCUCGAGAUCAUUCCCUGGCAGCUCUGCGACAAUGCCGGCUUUGAUGCCACCAACAUCCUCGACAAGCUGAGCGCCAAGCAUGCGCAGGGAGGCAUGUGGUAUGGUGUGGAUGUCAACAAUGAGGACAUCGCCGACAACUUCGAAGCCUUCAUGUGGGAUCCAGCCGUCGUGCGCAUCAGUGCCUUGACCGCUGCCUGCCUCAUCGUGUCUGUCGACGAGACCAUCAAGAACCCCUGGUCCACAGUAGACGCCUCCCCUGCCACGCGGGGCAGAGGGCGAGGCAGGCCCCACAACCGCUGAGAACACAUCUCCUUGGCAGGGUCAUGAUAUGGGGCUUCCAAAACAUGCAAGAUUUGAAAGAGAAUGAUUCCCUGGCUCUAAUUAACAAGCCAGUUACCACCUGGUUAAGGGGUGGGUUGCAGGCAGCAGCCCAGCUCAGCAAAUCCCCGAUUCAGCAGCAACGUAAUGUUAGCCUUGGCUCUCUAUUUUCUGUACAGCACUGGUCCCUGUAGGCUCUUUCAUUGGCCUGCCUCCCUGCCAGUGCUUGGUUCCUGAUUGUAUUUAUUGGUUUUUCUGUUGGAAUCUUGCUCCUAGGCACCCCCACACAGGCAAUAAAUGGUUCCAUGUGUUUUGUGGCCA